UUAAAAAAUUAUUUUAUUGGGAAAAAAAUAUUUUACUUUUAAAUAUAUUUUUUGAUAGUUUGUGUGUGUGUUUGACUUAUAUUAUGGCCACUACUGCCGCCGCCGAUGAUAAUAUGGCCACUAUUGCCGACCAGUUUGCCCGGGCYGUCCAUGUUAUACGUAAUCUACCGAAAUCUGGUCACUUUAAACCAACGGAUGAACUACGGCUCAGAUUUUAUGCCUACUAUAAACAGGCAACYGAUGGUAAUAACCGAUCGCCGAAACCCGCUUUCUACGAUCUGGUCGGCAAAUAUAAGUGGUCAGCCUGGACAAAGUGCCGCGAUAUGUCCCAGUCCCAGGCAAUGGCCAAUUAUAUCGAUGUAUUUAUUGAAGUACUAAGCGAUAUGAWACUUACCGAUAGUGACCGRCAAUUGUUUGAAUUGUUGGUACCAUUCAAACAGUAUUUACCCGAAACUAGUCGACAAGUUUUGGCUAAAAAUAAUUAUUAA